GUAUACGUAUUAUUGGUUGUUUUUGAGUUUCAUAGAUGGUUAAAAUAGCCCGAGCAUCAUUCACAGCCGCACCACACAAACAUGGCCGCGUCCCCGCCGUCAGACGUGAGCGUGAAAACUAAAGAAGACAUGAACUCUGCGAUGGAAACAGACGAGUGCUCGGCUGCUGAAAACGGAGGGGACGCCGAAAAGAAAGACGUACCUCAAACUGAACCAGAAACAGAGGAGCCUUUUAAAAAACCGUCUUUUUUCGCCAUUAAACGUGCUAACGUGUCCGCUCCGUCCAAAGCUGCAGCGACAGAAACACGACAUAGAAAAGACAACAACGGAGCUCAAGAUGGAGAUACCACUGAGAGUGUACCUGUCUGUCCUGUAAUUGAGAGCAAAACGUCCGAAAAGGGAGAAGAAGAGAAGAGAAUAGCUCAUAAAGAGAAAGAAGUCGCUCCUGUCAGAAGUAAACCAGAAGCCAAACCGAGGGUGCUCCCUGCUAAAGGUCCUCCAGCUGGUAAAUUCCCUCCUCUCCCAUACACAGAGCCGACCUGGGGGGGCAAACCUCCAGAUGAUUCUUACUCCCUCGAAAUCCUGAAAAACGGCACCAUAGUGGACACUGUGCCCCUCACACACACUAGCUACUUCGUGGUGGGGCGCUUACCUGUGUGUGACGUCUCUCUGGAGCACCCCUCCAUCUCCAGGUACCAUGCCGUCAUUCAGUACCGCGGGCAGCCGGGAGAGGAGCAGUCUGCCGGGGAGGAGAGCGGCUUUUAUGUCCAGGAUCUGGGCAGCACACACGGUACAGUGGUGAACAAGAAUAAGAUCCCCCCGAAGACCUAUAUCAGGAUUAAAGUAGGACACGUGUUAAAGUUCGGUGGGAGCACGAGGCUGUUUAUACUGCAGGGUCCAGACUUUGACGAGGAAGAGGAGUCCGAGCUGACAGUGACGGAGCUGAGGGAGCGAGCCAGGAAACAGAAGGAGGAGUUGGAGAAGAGGAUGAUGGGAGACGGGUCCGACAACGACGAUGACGACGAUGACGACAAGGAGGGGGAGGAAAAGAGGGCUGGUGAACGCAACAAGGGCAAAGUGUCCGGCGAGGAUUCAGGCUGCUCUUGGGGAAUGGAUGAGGAGGCGCUCCCGGAGGAAGACGAGAACGAGGAAAACCCCUUUUCAACAGAGUUCCAAGAAGACCAGGAAGCUGCCUACCUCAAAGACCCUAAAAAGGCUUUGCAGGGCUUCUACGACAGAGAAGGGGAGGAGCUGGAGUUUGAGUAUGAAGACCAAAGCCAUGGCAGCUGGCUCUGCAGAAUAAAGCUGCCGGUGGACGAUGCUCUGGGCAGACAGCUGGUUGCCGAGGUGACGCACACAGGGAAGAAGAAAGACGCAGCGGUCCAGUGCUGCCUGGAGGCUUGUCGGAUGCUGGAAGCCAGAGGGCUGCUGCGGCAGGAAGCAGUGUCCCGGAAGCGUAAAAAGAAGAACUGGGAAGACGAGGACUACUAUGACAGCGACGAUGACACCUUCCUAGAUCGCACUGGUACCGUUGAGAGGAAGAGGCAGGAGAGGAUGAAGAAGGCGGGAAAGAUUGACGAGAGGCCUGACACCUAUGAAUCUCUGGUGAGCAAACUGUCAGAGGUAGAGAAGGAGUUGGCAGAGACACAGAAAAAGCUCAACUCUGAUGCUAAAGGAUCAUCCGGCUCUUCUAACGAGGACUCGCUGGACGCCUUCAUGAUGGCGGUGCGAAGCGAGGCAGCGAUGGACGCCGUGGAGCGCAGGAAGCUUCACGUCCACAUGGCCGACCUGCGCAAAGACGCCCAGCGUCUCCGCAAACUGGUGGAGCUCACACGACCUGCGCAGAUGCCCUCACUGUUGCCCAGUGGCAGCUCAGAGUCGGAGAAACCUAAGAGGAGUUUACCACUGUUUGGAGCCAUGAAGGGAGGAAGCAAAUUCAAACUAAAGACUGGUACCAUUGGGAAGUUGCCUCCUAAGCGUCCAAACUUGCCGGCAGAGCUCUUCAACAUGAAAGAACUUCCACCUAGUGGAGUGGAGGAGGAGGAUGAAGAAGAAGAAGAGGAGGAGGAGGGGGCUGAAAAAAAAGAGGACGACAAUGAUGAUGAUGACGAUGAUAAAGAGUGUGCGAGUAUCACUGAGUCUCACAUGGACUCUGAAGAAUCCAGCAGCUCCAUAUCCAGAGACAGAUCCUCUUCAGGACAGCAAAGACCAGCACAGUCUCAAGAUACAAAGGAUCAAAGCCACAAACAGACGAAAGGCAACAAGUCCGCAGCAGAGCAGGCUCCACCGCAGAGCAGCAAACAGACCCCGACCACAUCCAGCACAGAAUCCAGAGCAGAAGGAAGAGACACAGAGCCAGGUCCCAAAAAACCAGGGAAGAAGAAAGUCAUGGGCCCCAGCAGGCCACCCGUGCAGCUGUCAGGACAGUAUCCAGAGGAUGAUCCUGAUUAUUGUGUGUGGGUGCCUCCUUCAGGUCAGACUGGAGACGGCCGCACGCACUUAAAUGAAAAGUAUGGCUACUGAGAGGAGGAAACAUAAGAGAUAAAACCCCAAAACACACAGCUUCUAGUGUCAGCACUGUCCAUUAACCCUCCACCCAUCCCAUUUCCUGUGUGUGUGGCGGGGCGGGGGGGAGUUUGGCAGAAGUGUCCCAGCUCCUCUCACUGCUGUCAUCGAGGGAUUCAGAGAGCUACAAGUAGAGAUGACACACGCCCCUUCAUCUUUUUGAGGCUAUUUGCACUCUUAAAAAAAAAAAAAGCCCACCAAUCUAAUCCACAUUAAGUUGGCAAGCUUUUCGGGGGGGAAUUGCCCCUUCACCCUCCUCCCUUCAGAGCAGACACUGGGCAGAAGGCCCGCUGGCACUUUCCACCCCCCCCUCUCCUCUCUGCGUAUAAUAGAGAUGGGCCACAACUUGAGUUUUGUCUUUUUUUUUUCUCCACUCUUUUACAUCAUCCAAGCAGAAAAUAGAAAGGGACAGAGCAGAAGCAGCUUAACUGAUCUGAAUUCAGCUUUCUGGUCUUUUGGCUGCUCCUCUUUUCAGUUUAAAUCCACCUGACAUCCAAUCUGUAUCCACCUCCCCUUAUUUUGGCUUCAAUCAAUCGACUUGGCAUAACCUUUUAUUUAUUUAUUUUUCUUCUCCAAAGGAGAGAAAGAAAGAGAGAGAGAGAGAGUGUGUAGCAGGGAAGGGGAGAAAAGAGGGAGAGCAUUGAAGCAGCUUUUCUGACCAUCUGGACACUUGGAUGGCUUACUGGAUGAAACACAAGCUGAUAAUGACUCAAGCUACAGUAAGUGGAGUGUAUGUGUGUGUGUGUCUAUAGACUCAGACACUCACACACACACACACACACACUACCCAACCUUUUUCGAAGUUCUCUUUUUAACAAGAUUGUCUUUAUGAGCGAGUCAGCUUUUGGUGUUUGUUUGCUCAUAGCAGGAUUCCCACUCAGUGCUGUAUAGUUGGGUAACUGCCAUACUUUCCACUUCUUCUACUUUUGUCUCUUAAAUGUAAACUGUAUUUUCUUAUAUAAAAUGUAUAAUAAAAUUGUCUGUACAUAACCUGAAAGUUGGUCUAAGUGCUUUUUUUUGAAAAACAUACUUAAAAUUCACCCCAUUACACCCUCAUAUAUUCGCUUCCCUCCAGAUUU